AUGGCUCUUUUUAUCAAACGUGAAGUCUUGUCUGAUGAAGACGAACUUGAAGAUGAUCCUUGUCAUGGCACUAUCGAGAUUCUUGAAUAUGAACAACGUGUCAUGGUUGACACCAUGGAUGAUGACGUCAUCUUCAUUCAUGCAAGGGGUCUUGGUAUGGAAAGACUUUUUCUCAAUCAUCUCAUAAUGUACUCUGAUCAAAAGCUGUUGACUAUAGUUCUGAACACAUCACAACACGAUGAGUCAUAUUUCAUCUCGCAACUCAAAGCGGUCAAUGUUCCAUGUCCACCUAAACUUAUAAAUGCUGAUGUUUCGACCAAGGACAGGUCAGUUUUUGUUCAUCUCUGAGU